CACACACACACACACACUGCGCACUCUUUCCCCCCUCCACGUUACAUGGACGCCUUCUAUGACAAACUUAGCGCGGCUGGUUGAAGUUGUCGGCAGGCGUCGUCGUCGAAAAGCUGGCGUUUACUCGGCACCAGAGGCUAGCCAAUUGCAGGGGCAUGCCACGGCCCAAAGCGGGCGAAUUGCACGAUCGCCCUGGAUUUGUGCCAAGGAUGCACUAAACGGCCCCCUCCCUUGGUUGGUGUACUGUACAGCACUAGGCGGGAUCUACACGUUUCAGAGGGUUGGUGCGCAAGACACCAAGCGGCCGCCGUGUACAACCUGUACUGUAUACCAUACCAAGAGGGGCGCUAAAAAUGAUUAUACCAACUUAGAUAUAGAAUGUAGCUAGAGGCAGUGGGACUUUGCCCGGCCUCUGUCUGCAUAGUACAGUACACCCACCCCCACAGCACAACACGGCAGAGGACGAGUAUAGCAACAGCAAGGCACUAUUACACGGCGUAGCCCCAGCUGAAGACCAGUUACCAGAUGCUCCACAGAACGCGAAUAUGCUGACUGCGGCCCAUCAGAUCCUGUACGAUGCGGACUCGGCUUUGGAUGUGGAUGCCGUGCUGUCGACUUACUCAAUAUGGCAUCAGAUAAACACCCUCCUGGCAUAUAAGUUGCCGACGGACUUGUCGCCGCAAACCAUGUAAGUAGGGCCCGUGUUUCUGCUACAUUCUACUUUGCACAAUCCAGACAACAACAGAAAAUGCAGUCACAUACAAGAACACAAGCCCAUUUAGCGUGUGAAGAGUGCAGGAGGCGCAAGGCUCGCUGCGACAGAGUACGGCCACAGUGCGGAACUUGCGCUGAGUUGGGCUACGUAUGCGUCGUCAACGAGAAGAGGCCGCAGCGGGGUCCGAAGAAAGGACAGAUGAAUGCGUUGAGAGCAAGAGUUGCAACUCUUGAGCGGCAGUUGAAUGCCAGAAAUAUAGAGAUCCCGGACGAACCACAAGACUUGGACGACGCACCAUAUACAACGACAGCACAUUGCAAUCAGCAAGAGACGAGCAUGAUUACACCGGCUCUUACGACCGCUGCCUCGACGGUACAUUCGUCAGAGGAUGACAGCCAUCCUCAUGAUGCCAUGUCGAACUUGGACAAUGGCCCUUUUCCUCUCUUUGACUUUUCCACCAUGAUACUUCCCAACCAGCCGUACUACGGUGCUGGUGAUGCCCCCAAUGAAGCCAUGAUGGACACUGGGGCGACUCUCCACGGCAUGAAAAUGGACCACAGCGAUUGCGGCCUGGGGCUGUUGCUGGAGAUUCCUCUACUUACCCGCGCUGACUUAGACGAUCUAUUCUUUGACCGCGUGUAUCCAAUUGCGCCCAUUAUCCACCGCCGCCGCUACCUCGCCUGGAGCCAAUCGCAGAGUGAUCAUCACGAUCGCUCCACGCUACAACUGUGCCUCCAGUACGCCAUGUGGGCAGUGGCCGCUGCUGUAUCCAGCCAAUUCCGACAACUUGCAGACAAACUUGCCGACGGCGCUAUACAAAUGCUGAACCAUCUCAGCGUUGUGUCCCAAGACAUCAACACAAUAACACCCCUAGCCCAAAUACAAGCCUGGCUGCUCAUUGCGCAUUAUGAACUACUAUGCAAGAGCGAUAGACAGGCUAUGCUUACUGCUGGCCGUGCUAUUCGUCUUGUCCAGCUUGCACGAUUGCAUGAGCUUGACGCUGAUGAGGAUCAGUUUACAACGCCUGCUAGUUGUCCCGCGCUGGACGCGGAUACCUUUGUGGAAAUGGAAGAGCAGCGGAGGACAUUCUGGCUGGCAUACUCGUUUGAUCGUUUCUGCCUUUUACGAAAUAACUGGCAUUCGUCGAUUCCCGAAGAAUUGAUUCGCACAAGACUGCCCGCACCAGAAGGCAAAUUCCAAAAUAGCCAACCCGUCCGGACAGAUUUUCUACCCAAGGCCAUCUCCAACAGCGGCAAGGGCGGCGUUUUACCCCCAUUUGCAGAGGCCAUUGUACUCGAAGCCUUGUUUAGCCACUGCAUUGUGCACCAGAGACUGAUGACGGUCGAGCCAUCUCUCAAUAACAGCAACAAUAACAACAAGCGCGACCUGUGGAAUAAACACGCGUGGUUGUCCCUCGCCGUGGAAAAGCGCAACCGCCUCCUCUCCCAACAAAGCCAGCCUCGCAACCUAGGCUACAUGCCCGAUCCCAUGCUUCUCUUCUCUGACGUCCUAGCAAAGUGUUUGCGCAUGUAUCUCAGCUGUAUCCGCCCACGCUCAGCCGCGGCCUCCGACUGGGAUGGCGCCGGUAGCCGCCCCGACGAGCAGGAGCCUGAGAUGGAGCAGGACCCCCAGGAGGAGCUCAGCUCGCUGGAGCACAACGACAGGGCAAUGGAGUCGCUCAACGACCUCGUUCAGUUGGCCAAGACGCUGCCCAAGUUUAGUUGCUUCAAGAUGCACCCUUGCCUGCCCAAUCUUCUGUAUCGUACGAUUCUCCUACUGGUGGAAGAAGAGAGGUCCAUGGGCCCGCGCAUUUGGACAAGCGAUGCCCACGCCGAGAUUCUUACGGCGCUCUUGGCGGCCCUUUCGGCCCUGCAGGACGUGAAUAACCUGGCCAAGGUGCUUUUGGCCAAGUUGGAGCCGCUGGAGCUGCCUCUGUGUUGAUCUUUACUUGAACCGCAAUGGACAAUCGUAUUCC